GCCGUCCUCCCCAGCCCUGCGCUGCGCCAGGCGGAGCCGGAAGCCGGCGAAGGUUGUUGAGCUGAGCCCGAGACGAAGGCAAGGCAGGCAGGCAGCAGCAGCAGCAGCUCCUCCUCCGCCUCCCUCUCCUCAUGGCGCUGAACCUGAGCAGGAACGGGCCGGCGCUGCAGGAGGCCUACGGCCGGGUGGUCUCCUCGGCGAGCCCCACCGACUGGGCUCUAUUUACCUAUGAAGGGAACAGUAAUGACCUGAGAGUAGCUUGUACUGGAGAUGGUGGUCUGGAGGAGAUGGUGGAAGAACUCAGUAGUGGAAAAGUGAUGUAUGCUUUCUGCAGGGUGAAAGAUCCCAACUCCGGCUUGCCCAAAUAUGUGCUUGUCAAUUGGACUGGUGAAGGUGUUAAUGAUGUGAGAAAGGGAGCCUGUGCCAACCAUGUCAGCACUGUGGCAAACUUCUUAAAGGGUGCUCAUGUUACGAUAAAUGCCCGGGCUGAGGAGGAUGUGGAGCCAGAGGCUAUCAUAGAAAAAGUGGCCAAGGCUUCAGGGGCAAACUACAACUUCCAUAAAGAAGGCAGCAGAUUCCAGGAUGCAGGUCCUCAGGCUCCAGUGGGCUCUGUCUACCAGAAAACAAAUGCCAUGUCUGAGAUCAAGAGAGUCAGUAAAGAUAGCUUCUGGGCGAAAGCAGAGAAAGAUGAGGAGAAUCGCCGGCUAGAGGAGAAGAGAAAAGCAGAGGAAGAGCGGCAGCGUUUGGAGAAAGAGCGCCGAGACCGGGAAUUGCAGGAAGCAACUUUACGUGAGCGAAGAUUUAAGGAGCGAGCCAAUGAGAUUGAUGCACAGAAGAAAUUCCAGCAACAACAGGAAACUGACUCAAGGGACAAAGAGAAACAACAAUGGAAAGAACAGGAAGAAGAGCACAGCAAGAUGCAGAAGGGUUUCCGAAGGAGGAGUGAGUCUGUGGAGAAAGCUCAGGAAGCGGCAUCACUGAUAUCACAAAGAUCAGUGAAUCCCCGUGACAUCUUCAAACAAAAGGAGAGGUCCAUGUCCACAGAAGCACCAGCUGUCAAUUCGCAGCCAGGCAAAUUACGGAGCCCUUUCCUACAGGAGAACAGUCAAGCAGAGACCCCAGUCUCUCCUGUCCACACUGCUGUGCAAGAUGUUCACCCUCCUCCUGUUGUUCAUUCGUCUGUACACGAUACACCUCCAGUCUCUCCUGCUCCUGAACUUGCUGAUUCUGUUAGGCAGGACAGUUACAAACCCAGCGCUCCUGUCUACCAGCCAGAGGCAGAACAAGAAGCUGUGUAUGAAGAGCCCCCUAGCCCACGGGUUCUGUAUGAUGAGCCCCCUCAGGAAGAGCCUGAAGACACUAAAUAUGACUAUGUUGAUAACUACCAACAAAAUCUCAACCUGGAAGGAAAAGGUUUAUGUGCUCGAGCCUUAUAUGACUAUCAAGCAGCUGAUGAUACUGAGAUCUCUUUUGAUCCUGAAAACAUAAUCACCAGCAUUGAAAUGAUCGAUGAAGGCUGGUGGCGUGGUUAUGGUCCAGAUGGCCACUUUGGGAUGUUCCCUGCCAACUAUGUUGAACUCCUCGAAUAACUGCCUUGUACCAGAGGAAGAAUACAAGCAAUACCUGAAAGAACCACUCUGUCAAAUCCACUUCUUCAAGGUGAAAUUGUAUGGCUUUUGAGAGUGAAGUGCCAUUUCUCUGCUCCCCUGUUGUCCGAGCAGCAUCUGCAGCUGCCCUGAGAAGCAGAACUUUUCCUUUGCCUCCUUUUAGUUUUCCUUAACUGGCAUUUUCAGGUGAAGAUAGGAAAUCCAUCUUGACAGUGUGUGACAUUUUCCUUCAGUUUUUUGAGGGAGUGGGGGAUACUUUUUGAUGAAGGUAAAGGCAUUGGCCAAACACUUCUCUAGACACACAGGGACCAGAUUACUCUCCGAACACCAAUACGGAGUGUUUAGAAGACAGGAAGGGCUUAAUAACAGAAACAGCAGGGCUUAUAGUGCAAACGGAUUUCUCAUUCCACGUGUCACAGUUUCCAAGAUAGCAUGUCAGGGGAUAUCUUAAGAAAUGCCUACAUAACCUAGUGGCCUGUGUAACUUGCCAGUUGAGGUUUUGGGCUGCAGUCCACAACUGGGUUAAUCAAGAGCCCUGCCUUGGAGAAAACAGGUUGCGAGUUAUAGCUUUGAGAUGCAAUCAGGCAGGAACUGCUCCAGGACAAAGCUCUGUUGAAAGGAAUGGGAUUGUGCACUGGUUGUGCGGCAUUCUUGUGCAACAUUCUUCUGUUUCAGUGGAAGAUUUUGCCCUAAAACCCCACUCCAUGCUUUGUGUGAGGACCAAGCAGCCCAACUUUUAAGCUCUUAGGUAUUGUGAAAUUUCUCCCCUUGAUUUAAAAAACAACAACACACACAGCCCCACACUGUUGUUCCUUGAUACAACUUCAGAUAUCAACACCAUCAGUGCAGGCAAUAAACUAAUGCUCUGGAAGCGAUGCUAGCUUCAAAUAUCACACUGCUUCAAAUAUCAUGUUCUGUAGUGGUGUGUGGUUCAGUCAACGUAGGAGGACCUUGAUUUCUGUGUUGCCUUUUCUGGGUUUUAUAAGCCUGAUACUGCAUUUAGAUAGGAUUUGAAGUAAUGUUCUCCCCUCCCCACCCCCCCUUACAUAGCUUAAUAAAACAGGAUAUAAAGAAACUUUUGGCAGCUGAGUGUGCUGCGGCAAUUGUGUGACACGCUGCAAAGUUCUGUCAAACGUUCACCUAGCAUUGUCCCUUGGUGAGGAAUUCGCUGCAGGUGUAGCUUAACAUUUUAAAUCAGCCAUUUUUACAUUCCUUUUGUUUUGCUCAAGGCAACUUGGAUGGGAUUCUUGAAGAACUUUCAAAACACUUCUUGUGUGGAUAUCUGGGAUAGAGAGUAGAUUUUGUAGAGAAGAAUCUUGUGGUCUGAGAGGCAAAACAAACGGUCUUGCAAAAUUUAAAUUGCAUUAUCCCCUGCCUUCUGCAUGAUGUGGUAAUAAUUAUGGAAACAAGGACUUCUAAAUACAGCUCUUUAGUAGCCUCUUUCUGUUAUUAGUUUCCCCCUAGUGGCACUUUAGAAAAUGAUGGUUUUAAAGGUAGUGAACAGCUUUCAAAAAUUGACUUUCAUUUCCACAUGCUGCUCCUUACCCAAUCUGAGAUAUUCAUUGUGUUUCUGACUGGGGCUGCUGUUUUAUCUUCUUCCAUCUCACUAAUAUAGUGGGAACCAUUCGAAAACACACCCCAUUCUAACUCCCCAUCAGUGUUCCCUCUAACAGGGAUUCCCAGCUGUUGUUCACUACAACUCCCAGUAUCCCUAGCUCCAAUGGCCUUUGGCUGGGGGAUUAUGGGAGUUGUAGUCAACAACAUCUGGGAAUCCCUGUUAGAGGGAACGCUGCUCCCUAAAUAAGAUUAGAGAUGAAUGUGGGACCUCUCUCCAUCUUUUCAUUCCUCUUGGUUUGGCAGCUUUAAUUUGGAUGGGUUUUAAUUUCUUUGUUUUUUUAAUGGCAUCUUUCCUUUCAGGAAUAAUAAAGUGUUUUUCCUUGGGAAUGGCCGCAGCAAGCCUGCAGUGGCUACAUAGGGAUCCCUGAGUGUUGAUUUUUAUUAGAAUUACCAACUAUCAGGCAGAAUCAUUGCUAUUUGCUGUAUCUUCUGGUUUUUUUGUUCAAAUUCUCCUUUGCCAGCCUUCUGCCAUGCAUGGAGACUUGGGUUGGGGAAAAGCUUGUGACUUGUAUCAGGAUGAUCUGAAUGAUUAAAAGAACAAAGUGAUUAAAAUUA